AUGAGUCAUAAUGGAGAUCGUUUUACAGAUAUCGAACUGGAAAAUAAACGCUUGCCAGCAUGUUAUGGUUAUCUUAAUUAUAAAUUAUUAUCUCUUACAGAAGCGAUGAAUGAAUUACAAAAUUUUCUGAACGAUAUAAAUCGUUUUGUUAAAUUAGCUAAAAGACAUUGUACAUAUCCAAAUGAUCAUAAUUUAACAAAAGAUGAAUCUGCUGCAAUUUAUAUUUAUACUAUGGAACUGUCUGAUGAUUCAAGUGUUUAUCGUAUUUUAAAUCAAACACUUCGUGCAGAAGAUCGAACAAAAGUUCGUCCAUGGUUUGGAUAUUUAAGACUUUUAGAUUCUGCAACAUCAAAAUUACCUACAUUCAAAGGAAUUAUUUGGCGUGGUAUUGAUAAAAAUGUUACUAUGAAAUUUAAAAAAGGUCAAAGAAUUACUUGGUGGAGUAUAAGUUCAUGUUCAACAUCUAUUGAUGUUAUUUCUUCAUUUAUUAGCAAAUCUUCUUCAAGUACAUUAUUUCAUAUCGAAUGUUUAAAUGGAAAAUCUGUUUCAUCAUUUACAUGUUAUCCAAAUGAAAACGAAGUUAUUUUAAUGCCUGGAACAGUAUUUGAAGUUGUAUCUAAUCCAUUAAGUCAUCAUGGCGGAUUAAACAUUAUUCAUUUAAAAGAAAUUAGUGAUGAUGAUGAAGAAGAAGAAGAAGAAUCACCUAGACCAUCAAAGCCAAAUCCUUAUAAGCCAAGUCAUUCUGCAAUUAGCACAGCGACUAUAUCAAGCAAUCCAGUAACAACACAUCAAAUAACAAUUCAAUCUCAAAUAAAACCACGUAUGUUUCAUAAUAAAAAAUAG